GACUUAGCACUGCAGCUGACAAAACUGACCAGACAAGUCUCAGUGCUUAUCCAGACACCAAUCUUGUUGUUUCCUGCGGAGCAAUCAGAACAGAGGACGCUUUCCCUAGCCAUCUGCAUCCUGCCUGCAGACCAUUUAAAAAACAGGUCAGAGACAGGCAAAUUCAGCUUCUAGCAUUGUGGGACAUUGUGUAUGUAUGCCCCUACAUGCCUGAAACCCACCUGAUAAGAGACACAGCGUGCCAACCAUUAUCCAGUCUGUACAUUGGUUUUGUCUUGGCGAUGACCACAAACUACUAGACUACCCGAAGAUGUUGCCCGGGACUAGGUCAUCUGCAGGGCUGGCUGGAUGGGACCGCUGCAGGUUUGGAGAGAGACUGCAGGCAGCCUUGGCUGGGGUCCAGGAGCUCCAUCUGCUGCGGGAGAAGCAGCAGAGACUGGUGACCGCAGCGUUGGGAAUCAAUGCAGAACCACAACCACUGACGGCGCAGCCCAGCGCUAAACUGCAAAUGGGCUCAUUUCACUGUGAGGAGCAAAGGCUGGAAGCUACACUAAGCAUACUGAAGGAGCAAUUGGUAAGAUUUCUAAACAUAUAUAUAUAUUGCAUUUUUCAUUAUUUAAAAAAAAAAAAAAAUGUUAAUUAUAAGUAUUUUUGUCUUUACUCAUGUUGACAUAUAGAUAGAGAACUAAGAUGUCCCUGCUAGGAAGCUCUAAGUAUCUGUAUAGGUUACAACCGAGGAGGGUACAAAUAGGCAUACAUGAUUUAUAUCAACAUUUAUUUGGAUUAAGUUGUUUUAAAAAAAUCAACAUUUGUCAACGUCAUUGUGAAUUGAAUUCCUUUGCAUUUGAUAUUCAGUACAUUAUUGUUGUUAUGGUUCUUAUUGCUGUUGUGUUCUAUAUGUAAGUAUGUGAUUAAAUACAUCAUUGUCUGAUGGAGCUGCUGGUUUCUGGCAGGUGCUGCAUGGGCACAUUGAAUGGGCAAACAAUAAUUAUUAUUAUUAUUAUUAUUAUUAGCAUUUAUAUAGCGCCAACUUAUUCAGCAACAAUGUACCAUAUGUAACAUGUCUGACCCUAUAGAGUAUCAACACAAUCUGUUCGCUUAGAUAGGCAAAUUACCCGUAUAGUCCAGUAUCGGUAUUGUAUAAAUCACUGGAAAAAGUAAGGUCAUAUGUUAAAUAAGAAUAAGUAUUUCCAGUGACUAGAAACUCUCCCCCCAAUGGAUGCUGAGUGCAUUGAAAUGUUAAUCAGUUUCUCUGUUCUCCAAUUGUUAUACUGUCUCUUGCACUGGCAGGGUUAAAAUUCCAUUGCCGCUAGUUAAAGAGGAUGGUUUAAGAAGAAAUAGAUUGCUCUGUCUUUCCUAGUUCAUGUACUAUCUCGCAAAGGUUAAUUAAUAAACAUAAUUCUUGUAUUUGUCUCUCUGUACCAUUUACUUGUUUUUUUUUUUUUUUUGCAUACAGCUAUUAUUAAUUUUAACAUUUGAUUAACAUGUUUUCUUCUCCCUGAUUCAAAUCAAGUUAUGAUUCUAUUUGAAAUUCGGUUUUCGUACAUCUACUGUGGACCCAAGUCAUUUUAUUGACUUUUAUGGUGUAUAGGAUGAUUGCUUUAAAUUCCACUAGGACAAAAUCUCUACACAAUUAUUAUCAGGGCUCAGAAUUUCCGCUUGCCACUAGCUAGUAAAAAUGUAGUCCUGAUGUGCACAAGUUUGCCUCUGGUGAGCAUGCUAUGGCUUGCAGUAGAGACAAGCUUUUAAGGCCUGGCUAAUAGUGUAGGACUUAAUAUGAUACAGUGACAGUUUAGGCUGCUUAUGGAACCAAAACAACUUAAUUUAGAUUAAGUUGUUUUGGUGCCUGGAGUGUCCCUUUAAGCCCUGAUAUCAUUAUCAUUGAUUUUUUUUUUAUACUUGGCCACAGAGUUACCAGUGCCACCAUGUUCUCCUGGAACCAUAUUACUUGGACAUGCCAAAGGGUAGCAUAUUGCAUUUUCUGUCCUGUAGAGUUUAAAAUUCCCAUGCUGCAUUAUUUCUCUCUGAUUAAUGAAUUGCAGGACUUCUCAUGAACUGCACUUACAUUUGUGAAAGUAAUCUGUAUCCAGUAAAAAUGAUGGAUCUGGAGACUCUACCUGGCUAGAUACAAAUGUUAGUCUUAUGUCUGAAUCCCAAGUUGUAGUCUAUGAGAAAAAUAUGCAAAAAGUAUGGCAUAAUGUUAGAAAACCAAGAAUAUUAACUCAUUAUCAUAUUAUAGUAUCAAUAUUGAAGACACGUUCGAUGCAGCAGGAGAUAAAUGCCUGCCAUAAUCAAGGAAGAAUCCCAAAGGAAUUGUCUUGACUAGUAAUAUAUGAUUUCCCUCUUGCAGCAUUUGAAUACCAGGUAUUUAAUUUCAAACUACUCCACAGUACUUUAGAAAAGCAAGGUGGAUCCGACAGAUCUACAUACAUUAUAUGUUUUAGCAAAGAGACAUUAUAGGACUUCAAGUGACCCCUUAAAAAAACAUUACAAAGAUAAUGUAGUAAACAAUACACACAAAAAAAGAAGGAAAAUAUACUGACUGUUAAAAUUCCUAAAACUGUAAUCUCCUACGCAAGGUAUACACUGGCAAAUACAUACUGAUACAACUUAGGCCCUCUCAAGAGCUGGAUAGAAUAGGUGAGAGAUGUGCAUACAGAAUGAAACAUGGACAGAUCUUGGAUGACAAAGUAGGAAGUAAAACGUACACUUUUGUUGUUAGAGAGACAGGGAGUUGUCUUAAAGCUGCAUUGAUUCUUAUGAGUCACGCUAGUUCAGAUCUGUGCAGUAACUCAGUGGUAGCAUAACUCUAUGCCAACCUUUGCAAUUGGCAUAAGCUGUCAUGGUGCUUUAACUGGCAGUUUCACUUAAGCCAAAAUCCCUCUGUAGGCAAUGACUUUAUAAUUUAGCAGUGAGACAAAUGAUACAUCCCAUGUAGAAUUACUAGAUAUUAGUACUUACUCCAGCUCAAUGACUAGAGAGAUAAAUUAUAUAUUUGAGGGAUACUUUCUACAUAUAUUAUUACUUAUCUCAUCUCCAUUGUAGCCAUUCCUGUGGGUAUUACUGUAACAACCAUAUCUGGUCCUGCCCAUUCCUCUAUGGUUUGAUUUGCCCUGGUUGGGACCACACCAAAGCAGGGCAAACCUCCUCUAUAACUCUGACACGCACCAGUAAGUUAACAAAGUACAGCCAGUGCAAGAAACGCAAUAAGCAAUAAUUAUAGCAACCAUUUCACUUGCCCUGUGGUUGCUAUGCUGGAGAGCAGAAUUGUCUGUAGGAGGGUUGUUCUGCUCUCCCUGUCAGUCAGUUCUUUCUAUAUUAACUCUGUGCUGAACAAUCUAUUGUCAGGUUGGAGAGGGACAUAUUUUUACAUAGAUUUUUUUCCCAAUGUAUAUAAUUUUUAGCUAUUCUUCUUGAAACUUGCCCAAUUUAUAGAUGGGAUUUAAUUUAAAUGUUAUUUUCAAACAAGUGUGCCUAUCACACAGAGACACUUUAAUGUAUAAACUUGAAUCUAAAUCCACCCUUUUGCCUCUAACCUAUUAGGGCUUGUUUAGUACACUUAUUUAAUUUUACCCAUGGUAAAGACAAUGGAUAGCUAAAAUGUAACUCUCGAUGAGUUGUGGAACCACAAUUUCAUGAUGCAUUGUCAGCCAUGGGGAGUGACAGAAUUAUAGAAGCUGCAGUUCCCCAAAUGGAGGCAUUCCCCACCCACAUGGAUUGGAAGACUACACAAAGACAACACUAGAUCAUGUACACAAUGUUGGCUGUAUUUUCGGAAACACUUUUCACAGCUCUCCUCCAUUCUUUACGUCAAUCGGGAUAUUCACACUUUAAUUCCAACUUUGCUAAGUGGGAGUUCUUGUUUGAUUUCCAAGUAUACCAACAUAUGGUAGUGGUACAGUUGUCUAUGUUUUCUUUCACACUUAGGUUCUAUUCUUAAGAUAUGUCCGUGUUUUUGUAAGUGAACUCGGCUUCAGAGACAGUGUUUUCCUAACAGUAAACUGAAUUCUUGAUUCAUAGGGGGUAAAAUAAAUCAGGGUGAUGAUUAACUUAAACACGUUACACUCCAGAUUUACUACGGUUCUUUUUUUUUUAACCCCCUCAAGCAUUUUGAGCAUUAAUUACAAAUAGCCAACAUCAAAGGUCCUUUUAAAUAGGUUAAGACAGAGACACAAAACCCUUUUAUUCUUAGAGGUCUUGCUACUAUGUUGAAUAGAAUUAUUUGACAAAAAGUAGCUUGUGCUAUUUACAUUGUGAAUUUGAAUUCAUAAACGUCCACCAAGAUCAAACUGAGACCAUAAGUAGUUUAAUCUCCUUUUUCUAACUCUGGCAAUUACACACAUCAAUGAUCUCAAGUUAAUUCAAACCCAUUUUCCACCAUGGGUGUUAUAAUUGGUCAUCAGGUAUCAAUCAGACAAAAAGGAAAAAAAAACAACUAAAGGAAGUUGAUUUAUUUUAUGGCGAUAUUAUAUCACUUUGAGUUGCAGAGAGGAAAUUGGAUUUAGCGUCUAGGUUAAAUGAUUAUGUUGGAUCAACAAAAUAAGUUAUCAGUGCUGUGUACAAAAUAGCUGUGUUUUUUAAAAUAUUUUUUUUUAGAUCUUGUUUUAACAGAAGUUGUUUAACAAGAGAUACCUCUUAAAACCCUGACAAUUUCCUUGCUUUCAAUAAGAGUCAUCGAGUAGAACAUUGAUUAAUCAUUUAUGGAGAAUAGCCUAAGAGAUAACAGUAUUAAACUCAGUGACAUGCUAAAGGCACCGUACGCCCACAAAUCAAUAUAUUUUAAUACUAUACUUUAUUUGGACACUCCAAGGUGAGUUAUCACCUUAUCAAAAAUAUGAAUCUUUUUACAAAAUAACUCUCCCAAAAACAUAACUAAAAAUAUAAUACACUCAUUGUACGAUUUGUUUGUGAAUAACCCACAAUAAAUCAUGCUACAUUACAAUUCUGAAUUUCUAUAUUAAACAAAUAUGAAAAAAAAAUGUGCUACUAGUCUAAUUACUAGAUCCACCAUGGUUUCCUCGAUAAAUAUAAUUUCUUCACACUAUCAGGUAGUGGUGGAACUAAUACAGAGACAGCCUUGAUUAAAGGAAUUUUUAGGGCCACACCUAUAUGAUGAGUGUGGCAAAAAGGUAGAUCCUAACUUUCGUAGAGCUCCCACAAUGCUUUUCCAGCUGGGGAUUUCCCAUUUGCCCAGUCUUGCAGGGCUUUAUGUGCAACCACUAUCUGUGUGUUUGAAUGUAAGCAUGUUUUUGUAUGGAGUAGGGUUAUGUGAAUGCAGGUGUAUACUUGUGUGUAGUUUUUGUCUUUGAAUGUGUUUGUAUGCAGUGGUGUAUUUGUAUGUAGUGUUGGCGUUUAGAAUGCACGGUGUGUUUGUGUUUAGUGUUGGCAUUUGCAUGCUUAGAUCUAUGCGUAUGUACACCUACACUGCAAACACACACACGGAUACCCACACAGAGGCACACACAUACAGUUACACACAGUUGCUAGAAACAAAACAAUCAUUCCACUUCCAUUACAUCACCUGUAAGUCUGAAAGCAUGUAAUGGACUAAUUUAUAUUGAGAGUUGCUUAAGAACAAAAGCAAGAUCUUAUUUCGCCAAGAUGUUAACUCAUUAACUGAAAUAGGAAGUCUUCAGCUCAAACAUAUAUAAUCUAGAAUGACUUGUCUUAUGUUACAUUAAUCAAAUACUAUAUAUACAUAACUAUAUGUGAAGUAUAUCAUUAUCUAUCAUAAUGUGAUAAGGAAUAUUUUAGUAUAUCUAGAGUUCAAUUAACUAAGCACCAAUCACUAGCCAAUAGUAUGCAGUUAUCUAAAUUCAGCUUGUUGAAACAUAUUUCAUUUAUUCUUUUGAUUCAAUUAUCCUGAUACAGGACAGGAAAUUGCAUCCACUUUCCAAAGUCAUUCUAAUGGUACCCAAAGCUACUUAAAGAAAAUCUGUCAUCAAAUUUUUACUUUUCACAAACAAACAAGAAGUCCAAAUUUGAUGACAGUUGUCCUUUAACUUUAUAAUGAUGUCUCCAACCCUAGUUUGUUCCUGUAUAUCUUCACAGAAAUACGGAACAUACAUAUUUGGUUGUUUAUUUUUUGUUUUGUGUUUUUUCACAUUUUGUAAGUAACAAAAUAAACAUAUUAAAGGUAGUAAAUGGUCUCAUUCUUUACUUCUUUAUUUAACAGUUUGAAUAUUAACAAUUUGACAAGAAAAUAAGUAAAUGUAGUAUUUCCUCUAUCGAUUCUUAUAUGCCACAUAGUGGAAAACUACAGAUAUUGCUUUAAACCCAUUAUAAUACUAGUGUUAAAGGGACACUAUAGUCUCAAAAAAACUUUAGCUUAAUGAAGCAGUUUUGGUGCAUAGAUCACUACUCAAGUUUCACUACUCAAUUCACAGCCAUUAAGGAGUUAAAUCACUUUUGCUUCUGUUUAUGCAGCCCUAGCCACACAUUCCCUGGCUGUGACUAACACAGUCUACAUGAAAACAAAAUGGUUUCAUUUUCAAUGAGAUGUAACUUUUUAUCCCCAGCUCUAUAAAUUGAACUUCAAUUACAUACAGAAGGCCCCUGCAGGUUAUAUAGCAAGCUAUUAACAGUGCAGGAGAUAAGAAAUUCUAAUGAAACAGAAUUUGCAAUUAAGGAAGAGCAAACUUUAAAUAACUCUUUACAGAGAGUUUUUAGGAAGGCUGUGUAAGUCACAUGGAAGGAGGUGUGACUAGGGCUCUAUAAACAAAGUGAUUCAACUACUAAAAGGCAGAGAAUUGAGCAAUGAUACUGUAGGGGCAUGAUCUACACAUCAAAACUGCCUCAUUAAGCUAAAUUUAUUUUGGUGACUAUGGUGUCCCUUUAAUCCUAGCAGCGUGUCUUUGCUACUUUACAGGCAAAUGGUAUAUUUAUUUAAAGAGGAAUUGUAAUUUCAUGUUGGUUUGUACAGCCUCAUAGCUAAUUUAAAGCUAUGGGUUGUGGUAUUUAAGAGAAAACAUUUUUUCUCAAUUAACUCCUAUGCUAAACUGUGGGUGCACAGAGAUUGAAUUCAAUUUCACUUAAAGUGACUAACACUUCAGCCUCCCCCCUCCUCCAUUUAAACCCUGCAGCUGAAAACAUUCAAGAAGGCCCUACUCAAAUGAGCUUAAAAUCUAUGGGAACAUCAAAUGAAUGCCCAUUUAGCAUUCUGUAGAAUGAUACCAGACACACGCCAAGAGCAUCAGGAAUAUGGAGGAGCUACAUUCAGAAAUGCUGAUAUAUAUACUUACUAUGCACUCAUCAACUCUUUAUGACCUUUUACUUGGGCAAGGGAACGGAAACUGUAACUUCUUAAAAAGUAAUUUAGUAAUUAACCUACCAAAGGUGAAUGGAUUGAGAAUAAGGAAUUCAUUAUAUACUUAACCGCAGUUUUCUUUUCCUAAUCAAUUGCCAUGGUAGCAUUAAAGUGGCUCUCGCAGGGUUUCCUUUUAAAUAAUCCUUUUUGUCCCUUCUUUUUCUCCUUGCUUUAAUUAAUUUAUUUUAUUUUUCAUUCACAUUAGUUGUUUAGCUAUAUUUUAGGUAUACAUAAGAUAAAAUAGGAUCUCUGUUUUCCUGUUUCGAGAAUGAUCUUUGGCAAUAUGCAGACAGGGUCAGAUUUCCCAUAAAGCCACCACAGCCAUGGUUUACCCAGCCCAGUGGCCAGUCAUCUUUGCUCAACAAGGUCAGUGUUUGUCUGCAAGGGUCAGUGAGUUUUUGCGUGUCUCCAUAGGUCAGAGAGUGUUUGAGUCUUCACAAAGGCCAAAAUUUUCAUUAAUAAAUCUAUACUAAAUGUAAAUAUAUUAAUAUAUAAUAAUAUAUAUAUAUAUAUAUAUAUAUAUAUAUAUAUAUAUCGUAAGCAGAAUAUAAAAUUACUAUAACACAAAUUCAUUAAUAUACAUGUGUAAAUGAAUGGACUGCAGGGGGCGUACUGAGGAAACUGGCCUUUCAGCAAAUAGGCCAUGUAUACGGAGAUUAAGCAAAGUUCCAUUUCAGUUGCCAAACAAAUUUACCUAACCCAGAGCAAGCAAACUGACAAUGUAAAAAUAUGGAGUUCCAGCAUAAGAACCAAAAGUUAAGAAAAAUAAAGACAAGUAGCAGGAAGGGGAGUAGAUAUACGAUUCAAAAGGAAAGGAAAAGUUAAAAAAAAAAUUGUCUGAUUAUUGGUGAAAUGUGUCUCUGAGGAAUGUGCUGUCAAAUAUCAUCAGACUUUUAUUUUGUUUUUGCAUUUGUUUAAUUGUUUUUAUAAAUAAUGCCAUAUUUUAUCUGCAAACUGUGGUCCUUGGCUGCCUCUUGGGUGGAAGAUCUUGUGUUUACAUCAGUCUAAUAACACAUAAGCUCAUUACUUCAGAGCUAAAUGUUAAGGCUCUUUACAGAGUAAGUGCACCUAAUUAUUAUAGUUGGGUGUUGGUAAACAUACUGUGCUGCACUACUUUUUUUUUCUUUCUACGUAUGCUUUAUUUUUGAGAGUGAUGUCAUAUGGUCAAAGGGCAGAGAUGUCACCCUAUAUUGACGCCAUUACCUAUACUCCUGUAGUACAGAUUUCUAGGGUUAUAAACAAGGUGUGCAGGAUAAAUUAUUUCUGGAUUAUAAUCCACUACCAUUCUGAGGAUACAAAUUCAGAUUUGUCCCUGUUUUAUAUCCUCUCUUUAUGUUGGAUAUUACAUUUUCAUAAAAUGGGGUGCUACCUGAGAAAGGCACAUGAGCCCAAAGGAUUAGAGCCAGUCGCAAGGAUCUAAAAUGUGAGUGGUUACUUUUUAGGAUUAAGCAAAUUAAAAUAUUUUAAGUGCAAUACAGUUUUACACAAUUUUGUAUUAUGUGUAUUUUGUUUUCAGAUACUGUAUGUAUUUUUUUCAUAUUUUGAUGUAACCUUGUAUGCAUGACUAAACAGUAAGUUCAUACUCUCACAUUUUGCUUUUGUUACUAUUUCGAUAAGUUGGGACUACCUGAUGUUUAACAUUACUCAGGGAGUCAUGAGUUGACUAUAAGUAUCUUUUGCAAACCACCAUUACCACCAACAAAUGAUGAAAUAAACAUUGCAGAGUGUGUGCUGUGUUGAAUAUUCUUGGAAUGUCUUUCACUAUAAAUAAUGACAAAGUAGUAAAAUGUGAUGUCCUUGUAGCUGCUGGCCACUAGUGAAUUAAAUUAAUAUUUUUGUAUCAUAUUUUAAGUAUCUUAACUGAUCUGUGUGCUAGCUAAUAUUAGUAAUAUUUAGUAAAGCAUUAGAUUACACAAUCUAAUAAGCAGGGCUCCUUUUCCGUUGGUCAUAGAUGUGCAUUUAUUUAUCAUUAAUUUACCAACAUACCAAGUUGAUGCUAUACAACUAUAUUUUGUGGUUAGCUUGUUUUUAUAUACAAAUAAAAGAGUGUUAUGUUAGUCUUACUUGAGUAGACUUCUUUUUAAAGCUUUUGUGGCAUGCAAGCAGGUCACAUUACGUGAUUAUUACAUGAUUAUUCACCAAACUACACACUAUAAUGGAUAUGAAUAUAUUUAUUAAUAUAGUGAAUAUGAAUUACAUGAUUAUUCACCAAACUACACACUAUAAUGGAUAUGAAUAUAUUUAUUAUUAAUAUAGUGAAUAUGAAUAUAUGACAGUAAAUUGGAAUCCAAAUGAGAAUAUUACAGUGAAAUAGAGAAUUUGGAAAAAUUCUUCAGCUCAACUAUAGUCAUAGUUUGGCAUAUUUAGUCUGAAUUAUUCUUUUAAGAUUUCCAUCUGCUGCAAGAGUUUAGUAAAUAAACCUGUUAGACUUAAUGUUAACACACAUAAUUAACCUGGCUUGACAGUGCCUUGUGAUAUAUCUCCUGAGUUAGGAUUUCUUAGGUAGCCAUGGAGAAGCAGUUUGGAGAUAGUGUAUGUUAACUGGGAAUUAAAUAAUCUUAGAGAGGUCUUUGCUAACCAAAGGUGAAAUUGCACCUCUCAGCUAAUGUAACUGCAAUAAAAUUGUUGCUGAGUUUGUUGUAAACUUGCUGAGUGCUACUAAACUCAGGAGCAUAAUUUACCCAAUAACAACAUUCUAUCUUAGUAUUUUUUUUCUAGAAAUGUCUUGUAUUUAUACUCUAAUGUUCCAUAGGUUAAAACAUUAUACAACUGCAGAUUUAUUCUCUAAGAAGUGGAGUUGAUUUGACACCGAUUCCAGCCAAAAUAUGAGUUAGAAAAUAAUUUUUCUCAAAUGUGCUAAUCACAAAAUACCUGGUUUAUCUAAUUUGUAAAAUGACGAAUUAAAAUUUAUGUUGUCAGUAGAAACAUUUUUGAUUUCUCCAACUUGAUGUCUUUAUGGUUACUAUGAAUUUUUAUAGACUCUUACUUGAUGGAUUUAUGAAUUUUCUCUACACAGUAACAUUUACAACUAUUGCUUAGUUAUAUGUGUCAUGUACAUAUUAUUAUUAUCUGAACAAACAUGUGGAUGGAAAGUUUGACAUUUUAGAUAAGUCUAUAAAAGUAGAGGUUAUGGAACCUGUGCUGUAUUUUGUUUGCAGAUUUUUUUUCAAGUAGGGACAUGAAGAAUAUUUAAAAGUAACUGCUAUUGGGUUGGUUUCACAUACUGACGUCUCUCCUAGGUACAAAUGCCAUAAGUGUUCCCCCAUGGCACAGCAUUCUUGAGAGGUCCAAGUCUAGUAGGGGUUAUUUUCAAAAGUGAGAAUUGUUGAAAAUACAAAGUGCAUUCUAAGUGAAUUUUAAAUUGAAGGUCAACGCAGCCAAACUGGGAGAAUUCUCCAGUUUAAUAAUGCUUCCAGUUUAGCUACUUUGACUCUAAAUUUGAAAUUCACUUUGAAUUCUGAUCAAUACUCACUUUAGUAAAUAACACUGUAAGUUUUUCAUAGUUAUAGGAGUUUUCAUGUACGAUACAAAAAUUAUUGUAUUAUUAUUAUUAUUACUGGAUAUUAUCUAAGAAGAAAGUGUUCUCUUUCCACCCCCCACCCUCCCCUGCUGAUGCACAUAUAUCCAAGAUGUACUAUUUUUAAAGCUGUUUGCUGAAUAUCAAACUUGAAAAUAAUGUUAUUUAUGGGGUGGAAAGAUUUAUCAUUUCUUUAUGCAAGUUGUAUGUUACAUUCUAUUUAUUUAAAGACUUUCUGUGAGGACCAUUGCACUCUUCAUUCCUUGCUAUUUUCUAAGCAGCUUAUCACUUGUAGAGAAAAAGAAAAGAACGCUUACUACUUUUAUUAAAAAAAAAAAAAGCAGCAAUACCAUUUAGAAUUUGACUUGUUUUCUAUGAAUUAGAAAAAUAAAGUAUAUUCAAAGUACAUCUAUUUACCUCCUUUUUGUUUAAAACACUUAUUUGCUAUUUUUAUUGUUUUUUUUAAAUUUGUUUUAUCUUCUAUUAAGUCAUUCUAUGCUAUCGUAGAAGUACAUAUGUUUAAACAUUUUAAAACCACUAUUUAAAACCAAUAAUAAAGAAUAAUUUUAAAUAUGAAUUGUGUACAUGGCAGUAACAAGUAGAGAUAUUUCAAAGUUUUGCUCUAGAACCUAGAGAUGAACCCAUGUUUAAGGAGAUAAACCACCAAUAUUCAUAUUACCUCUCCUCAUGUAUGCUAUAGAUGUUUUCAAUACUUUACUCUCCGUUAGUUUGUAAGAAAUAAAUGGUUUGACAAUAUUGAUUAAUCUUGUUUUAUGCUAAAAAUAAUUUCUAUCUCUUAUUUAAUAGUCUCGUUUGAGAAGGCAAGAUGUUGGUUUGAAAAGUCACUUGGAUCAGCUCGAUCAGCAAAUCAGUGAACUGAAACUGGAUGCAAGCAAAGCAUCAAACGAACAUUUGGAUAGUGACAGUCGACCUAGCUCAGGUAAUACAUUUUACCAUUUAUAUGAUUUUAUUAUUAAAAUAGUGCCGAAUUCUAAAUUAUAUCUGCAUCUGUUAAAUGCAUAAUAAAACUGGCAAACCUUAAGAGCCAAUAAUUUAGAGCUACAUGGCUACAAGGGUCAUACAUAAAUGAAAAGAAAACUAAAAUAAUAAAUUAGAGUCUCAAGGGAAAGAGGCUCAAAUCUGGUUUUAAAACAAAGUCAAGGACAAUAAUGAUUACAAAUAUAUACUAUAAGCAAAUUGGUAAAUCAGCACGGAAUAGUAGUAAUGGGGGGGAGGGUGGGGUGACCUAAACUAAUCACAUAUAUCCGUUCCAAAGAGGUGCAAAAAUUAAUAAACACUUUAUUAUGUUAAAAAAAGGCAUUAUAGAUGGAACAUAUUCAGUGAAGCAAAAAAGGACAAUGACAGUAUUAUGUAGAGGGAUCAAGGAUAGACCAUGAGGCAGUUAAACAAAGUAAAAGUUAUCCACACCAAUAAAGAAAUUGGCUGGUAAAAGAAAGUCUGCUAAAUGGUGAUAGUACACAUAUCCAAGUCUAUGAAAGAGGUAAUGGACACAUAGUUGGAGGACACUGUAAAGGGUAGAGGGAGGCUCCAGACAAAUACUGCAGUGCUAAAAUCCCUGUCAACUCCUAAAUAAAACACAUUCAAGAGUGUACUAUGCUGUCCUUAUGAGGCUCCAAAACCCACUUGGCAAAAUGAAAGAAGUAAGCUGUCUGCUCUUGAAUCGGACACCUUGAGAAAUCUUGUAUACUGAUCUUGUAUACUAAAACAGGCUCCAAAAAUAAUAAAGUGAAGCUAUACAACCCUGUCAGCUCCUGAGACAAACACCUUCAAGGGUGUUCUAUACUGUCCCUAAUAAAUGGAGAAACUUCUCUCAAAACAUCCCCCAAAGCUAAAUAAACUCCGGCCUGAAAGAGUAGAAAAUUAAGGAGUGCUAAACACCUAGUGCUACCAUAAGUAUUAAUUUUGGCACCUCUUUGGAAUGGAUAUAUGUGAUCAAUUAGGUUAGGUCACCCCCCACCCACCAUUACUACUACUCCGUGCUGAUUUCCCAAUUUGCUUAUAGUAUAUAUUUGUAAUCAUUAUUAUCCUUGACUUUGUUUUAAAACCAGAUUUGAGCCUCUUUCCCUUGAGACUCUAAUUUAUUAUUUUCGUUUUCUUUUCAAUAUUUGGGGUACAAGCCCCUCAUGGUGGAUCUGGAACCACCAUACUGACCUCUGUGCAUUCGAUUCCCACAUUGUGUGAGAUCGAAACACACAGUCUUUCUCUUUCCGCAUACUCAUACAUAAAUGAACCUUAUACAUAAAUGAUAAAAUAAAAAAGUUGCAGGAGACCAAUGAAGCAGUGUUAUGGUGUGGACAAAAAGCUAGAUAACUGGUUAUCCACAUUCUUUUGAAUUGUAUACCUUAUCUUACAACAUACACAAUGUGUAGCAUAAUACAAACUAGGUUUCAAUAUUUCGUUGGUCCUAAAGUGUAGCUGUGUUCCCUCAUGUAUUAAAUUCCAAAUGUAAGUUCAUUUUGAACCUGGCUUUAGGUAAACCCUGCCUUUGGUCUGAAAAGUCAGUGUUUACGUUGGAAAGCGUGCAGGGACAGUAUAUAGACUACAGAACAGCUACAUUAAGCUGUAGUGGUUCUGGUUAUUAUAGUGUCCCUUUAAGAAUUGUAUUUUUGACAUUUAAAAAUCUGUCUCCUAACUUUUUUAGUUGGCUCCUAGAUUUCAAGCAAAUUUGUCAAGCCCUGCCUUAGAAUUCAAGAAAGAUCCAAACAGACUCAAGAAAAAUGCAAACGAUUUAGUGCUGUGACUAUUAAAUAACUUAAGCAUGUAAAUGCAAGUAGAUUUUAUAGAUAUCAAAUUGAUCAACAGUCCAAGCUUUUGAAGAUUACGGCACUAAACAAUUGGUGACUUGGUUUUCAUUAUUAUCCUCAUACUUUUGGAUUGAUGCCUAUUGUAGAAGCAUACAGCCUCAUUGCAAAUUUUUAAAGAUGUUGCGUGCAUUAGUCUUAUCUUUUGAUGCUGUAUUAUUUUUAAUUACAUUUUGUUUGGCCAGACAAAGUGCUCAGUUUUCCAUUUGCUUUAAUGUACCAAUGGCUUUAGGCCCAUUUGUUAACAAAAUAUGUUGAAGGAUUAAGGGCUUGGGUGUUUAUACGCGAAAUAAAGGUGAUUAAUAUUUUAUUAGGUUGUGCUUCAACCUUUUGUGUGAUGCAAAAAACAAAGUAUGGGGCGUUGGUUGAAUUUGACAGUUACCAAAUCACACAAAAUGCAACUUUCUUCUCAACAUGAAUGUUAAUUGUACAAUGUUAGGCAGCUUUUGUAAGUUAGAUUUCUCUUUAUUUACAUCUUUUUAACAAUAACAGUAUUUGUAAUUGGUAUUAUUGUGUUAUAUGUAUCAAAGGCAGGAUGUAUGUAUUAUAAGUGGAAUUUAGCUUAAAUAAUCUCCACACAAGGAAACAAUGAACUGACGUAAAUGUUUAGCAUUUAAGAGACGAAUAUUUAUAAAAUAUUUAAUCCUCUAUGGAUAUAGUCUUUAAUGACUUUUUAAACAUGCAUUUAAUUUUAAUUCCUUCUAUAAUAGUCCUUUUAUAUUUUAAGUUGAUACCAAGCCUAAUGCAGAGAAGAGCUAAAUCCAAUGUUUCUAAAUGUACUUAAAAUAAAAGUGCCAAUAAGAUUUACUCCAAGGUAAUGUUUUCGUAUUUGGAAAUUCAGAUAAAUAGAUGGGAAAAUUUAAAUCAGAAUAUAUACAGGGUUCAAUAUUUUCACUCUCCCUAGCAUAUGGUGAGUAAAAAUGUAGUCCUGGUAAGUAGAAAUUCACACCUGGUGAAUUCAGCUUGACUGAUGCUGUAGUGUGUGUGUGUGUGUGUGUGUGUGUAUAUAUAUAUAUAUAUAUAUAUAUAUAUAUAUAUAUAUAUAUAUUUUUUUUUAUUGUUUACUUUUUUUUAAUAAAAUACUGCCACUGUUCCACACACUGUAAACUGGACACAUACAAACAGUCCAGGAUUCAGUGAUUUCCCAAUUCAUGUUCUAUGAGUUUACUGAGGGAACCUGUACCGUCAGUAUUUCUUGGGGUGGAAAGCACUUAACUAAAGAUCAAACAAGCAAUAUAAAUAAAUAGGUAUACAAAAUUUAGCAUCAGGUCGUCAACAUGCUAUAUGUUAUAUAAUACAAUUAUGACACAUCAAGCAUGUUGGAGGUAUUUUAUAGCAAUGGUUAAUGAGCAUCUGAUACAUGCACAACAUACCUUCCAUCUUUUCAUGGACUUGGUGCAAAGGAUGAUCAGCCAUAAUAGAGAUAAAAUCUUACUCCAUCUUAUAAUUUUUCAAUAUUAUUAAGUUCUUUACUUUGAGAAUAGCGGCAAAUGUUACCUUUGACAUGUAGACAUUACUAUCACACUUUUCCUAAUAAUAUUAAACAAUGUUUAGAAGAAAGUGUCUCUAGCACAGACUAAUAGCACUGAAAGAGUGUUCUAGUACUAAGAAAACAUCUGUAGUAAUUUGUGCAAAUACAGGGGCAACAUAUUCUAGAACAGAGGUAGGUAACCUUUGGCACUCCAGUUGUUGUGAACUACAUCUUACCUGAUGCUUUGCCAGCGUUUUAGCUGGAAGAGCAUUGGGAGAUAUGUAGUUCACAACAUCUGAAAUGUUGAGGUUUGCCUAACCCUGUUUUAGAAUAUGUAAUAUACAGAAAUCACAAGAAGUAAAACAUGUUUUGGAUGGGAGGAUCUGCGCUGAAAUGUAUGUCAGCAUUUAAUAAAACACCAAUAUAUUCUGCAACAAUUUAUGCAUUAAACGCCAACAUAUUCUGCAACAAUUUAUCAUAUAACGCGAUGCUGCUUGGUGGUGUUUCUGUAUUGUGUAAAAAAAAAUUAAAAGUGAAAUGAUUGCAGUCACAAUGAGGGGAUCUCAAUUUAAAGUUCAGGUUAUUUUCUGACAAUCAAACUUUUAUUUUUACACUGUGUUAUUUGACACUGAGGAGUUUAUCUGGGCUAUUUACUAAAGUGAGAGUUGCAGGGAAUUCAAAGUGACUUUAAAAUUUAAAAUCAAACUAGUUAUGCUAUCUUUUUAAAUUUUUUGGCCUUUAAUUUGAAAUUCACUUUGAAUCCCUGGCAAUUCUCACUUUAGAUAUAUAUUUUUUUUAAUAAUGAUAAAUACACUUCCAUUUUGUGUCCAUGGACAAAAUAAUUGUAUUUUAUUUUGCUCUUUUUUUUUAGGUUUCUAUGAGCUCAGUGAUGGCGGCUCUUGCUCAUUGUCGAAUUCUUGCACCUCGGUGUAUAGCGAAUGCAUGUCUUCAUCUCGCAGCAGCCUGAAGCCUUGUUCCCAGGAGCUCAGGAACCGUUUAAGUGUGUUUGACUACAGGCCAAGAUCAGCAGAUGAGACCAUUGUGCAUGUCUCAUCUCCCACUAGUAAUUUCCAACAGUUUGGAGACUACUCCAAGGAAGUCAACCAGAUGAAAAUAAACUUUGAUAUUGCAGUCAAUGCACCAAGGCAAAGAACAAGACCCGUCUCAACAGGUGAGAAUAUUCAUAUAUAAUUUAAUUACUAUAUUUACUCCAGGAGUGUCCAGUAGGGCACUUCAGAAUUCAGAUUUUGUUUUGACCAUCAUACUUUUUUAAUCAUUAUCAAUACAAGUGCUUGAAGCUUAUAUUUCUUUCAAAUAUAAUGAGAUCAAUAAUAUAUAUGCCAAUGGAUUGGUUGAAUUAAUGGCAGACAUGAGUGUAGAUUAUUAAUUCACUAUUAAAUCAACUGCAUAUGAGUGUAGAUCAUUAAAGGACCACUAUAGUGCCAGGAAAACAUACUAUAGUUCCCUGAGGGUGCCCCCACCCGGCUCUGGAAAGAGGAAAGGGGUUAAAACUUACCUUUUUCCAGCGCUGGGCGGAGAGCUCUCCUCCUCCGAUCCUCCUCUUCUCCUCCCCGUCGGCUGAAUGCGCACGCGCGGCAAGAGCUGCGCGCGCAUUCAGCCGGUCACAUAGGAAAGCAUUCAUAAUGCUUUCCUAUGGACGCUUGCGUGCUCUCACUGUGAAAAUCACAGUGAGAAGCACGCAAGCGCCUCUAGUGGCUGUCAAUGAAACAGCCACUAGAGGAUUAGGGGGAAGGCUUAACCCAUUCAUAAACAUAGCAGUUUCUCUGAAACUGCUAUGUUUAUGAAAAAAUGGGUUAACCCUAGCUGGACCUGGCACCCAGACCACUUCAUUAAGCUGAAGUGGUCUGGGUGCCUAGAGUGGUCCUUUAAUUCACUAUUAAAUUCUCAGUACCGUAGCCACUUCACCAUACCGAAGUGGUUAAGGUGCAAAUACUGUAUUCCUGCAGCCUUUUAAAAUGUUCAGCCAUUACAUAGAUACAUUGUUUUAUCAUAUUGUUUUCUGUGUGUAUGGCUGCCUCUAUGGGCUAUGGCUUAGCUAGUUGGAAAUUGCUCUUCCUGGCUGGCAUUAUCUGUUAUUUUUGCAUUUGGUGUCAGAAAACACAGGAUUCUAAGCACCCCAGAUGCCUUUGAUAAGCUUUACAGGGCUAGUUUACACACACAGUGCCACCAGACAAUUGUCAGGCAAUUAAUCUUUCUAAGAUGAAAACACAUUCAUAAAUGUCAAAAAAAAAUUUUAACCCAUUAACUGUCCAGCAUUAAAGGAACACUAUAGUCACCUAAAUUACUUUAGCUAAAUAAAGCAGUUUUAGUGUAUAGAUCAUUCCCCUUCAAUUUCACUGCUCAAUGCACUGUCAUUUAGGAGUUAAAUCACUUUGUUUCUUUUUAUGCAGCCCUAGCCACACCUCCCCUAGCCAUGAUUGACAGAGCCUGCAUGAAAAAAAAACUGGUUUCACUUUCAAACAGAUGUAAUUUACCUUAACCCCUUAAGGACACAUGACGGAACUAUUCCGUCAUGAUUCCCUUUUAUUUCGGAAGUUGUGUCCUUAAGGGGUUAAAUAAUUGUAUCUCAGUCUCUAAAUUGAACUUUAAUCACAUACAGGAGACUCUUGCAGGGUCUAGCAAGCUAUUAACAAAGCAGGGGAUAAGAAAAUCUUAAUUAAAUAGAACUUGCAAUAAAGAAAGCCUAAAUAGGGCUCUCUUUACAGGAAGUGUUUAUGGAAGGCUGUGCAAGUCACAUGCAGGGAGGUGUGACUAGGGUUCAUAAACACAGGGAUUUAACUCCUAAAUGGCAGAGGAUUGAGCAGUGAGGCUGCAGGGGCAUGUUCUACACACCAAAACUGCUUCAUUAAGCUAAAGUUGUUCAGGUGACUAUAGUGUCCCUUUAAUCCUAACCCUACACUAACCUUAGCCUAACCCUAAAGCUAUCCCUACCCCAACACUAAGGGUAACGGCUAAAUCUAACCCCACCACUAAACCAAGCCCCAACAAUAAGGUGACCCAUUGCUAAUAUCUAUUCUGAUAUUAGAAAUGGAUUGUACUGUAUUUAACACAGUAGAUACUGGUAUGUUGCCACUACCUACUGGCAAUUUUUUGAAUUACACUUAGUGUAAUUCUGAAUGAGCCUAACUCUCAACCGACUAUACAGAGAUCAGUGUUUGGAACCUGGCUAAGCCCAGCACUGGCUAUACCUAUUUAAAGAGCUGCUUCCAGCGCAGCAAGCAGUUCAUGAAAAAAAUGGCCACAGGAGACAGAGGAGAGCCCAGGGUAUCCAUUGAUACCUGUGCUUCCCUAGUGUGAGCAAGGAUCUAACCCUGCACAUAACAUAUAAGCAAGAUGUUCUAUGCUGCCCUAGAUUCUUUAAAGCACCUAUAUGUAGGAUGGCAUAGAACGCCGUGACAGUGUUAAUGGGUAAAUCUCAAUGAAAACACCCAUGUCUUGAAAUUUUUCCUCACUUCUUCUCUUUGAGAAGCAUUUUACUGGACAAUUCAAAGAAUUAAGUGCUGGGUAAAGAUGCAAAUCUAGCUUUUUAGUGCUUUGGAAAUAUUUGAGCACAUUUUAGUAAAUGCAUAUUUUUUUGGCUACAAUUACUUAUAUAUGCAUAACAAAUGUGCAUUUUUGGACCCUGAGGUUACCUUUAACUUUCUGCUGUGCUUCUAACACAAAUUAUUAAAUUUGCACUCCCCUCAACCUCAAGUCUAAUCACAACACUAAAAUUACAUUUCACCUGGUGUCACUGCAUGGAAUGUUUUUCUAAACAUUUCUGAAUCUUCAACUUACGGUACUAUAGUUUGAAAGGAAAAUGUAGCCAAAUUAUAUAAAUGGGCAACAUAAGCACCUUAGCAAACUGUGCUCCUUUCAUAAGUUAAGGUUCAAAGAAGUUUUUUUUUUGUCAUCGAGUCCCUGUACACAGAGACUUAUUAGACCCUACUCACUCAGAAAUGUCACAGGGUGCAGCUGAUAUAUAACCCUGCCAAUCCAAGUAAUUAUGCAUGAUGGGUGUCUGCUUAAGUUCCCACCUCCUCUAAAUGAGUCCUUCAAAGCUUUCUUAUGUGAUAAAUUGAGCUGCUGCUAAACUACAUAUUCCAAACACCUAUGGUUAACAUGGUAUUAUGAGGUAUUAAAAAUAAAGAGUAAGCUAGAAUUAUUUAACAUAGUCACUGACUUACUAGUUUGAACAGACUUUACUACAGCAAAAAGAGGCACUUUCAAGGAACGCUCUGCACCAGAACUACUACAGCACUCUGUGGUGCUACUUGGCACUACCUAUAGUGAUCCUGUAAUGCCCUUGAUGCCCUUGCAUCAAUUUUAGCCAAUGAGCUAAGCCCUGCACCACCGGGCUUAGCUCAGACAGGGAGCUAAAACUAGCUCUGCUCCAAAAGGGGCAGACUUGCCAGAAACGGGGUGGUUCCACCUAAAAGGUUGUGGAUCUCUGGUUGAGUUCAUGGCAUGUCAUCUUGCCGUGAAUACACUCUAGGCUACCUGUCCAUCCUGCAGGCUGUCCCACUAAGGGUAGAGUCUGUAGGGAGCACAGUUUUAGUGUUGCCUGCAGGGUCCUAAUGCCCUUAAUAUAGCAGGAGUGCCCUAAACCUAUCUAAUGACUAGCUUCCUAGUGUCACGAAAAGCGAGACACCAGGGUACAAAGGCAGGAUGUUGGGACAGGCCUUGCAAUAAGGAUGGCUGAGAGGCAUGGUUAGGGGAGGUGGGGAAUUCGUAAAAUGGUUUGAUUAUUUACAAUGGGAGAAGGGGGCAGGGUCCCCCUGGCUCUAUAUCCACUACAGUACACUGCACUUGUUUUGUUUGCUUUAUCUGGAUCAUACAAUUUAAAAUAUGUGGUUAAGUCCAUCCUGGAGUUUACCUUCCAACACUAUAGUUUAAAUGACAUGCAAUAUCAUAGCAUGUCACAUGUAAUAUCAAGCUAAAAACACUUUUAGAAAUGUUGAAAAACAGAUGUGUUUAAGUGUCUCCCCAGCACAGUCUAAAUUGCAGGAAUAUUGAGAAAAAGGUAUUGUCGUUGCCUUUAACAGCCCAGUCAGGGAGAUGGAAACCUAUUUGCUUACAUAAAGUAUAUAAAGUAAAUAUUGGAAGAUCAGCAGUCUCAAGAGAAAAUAAUAGAGGGCAGUCACCUGCCAAAUCGAACCCAAAUCCCUGGAAGGAUUGUGAGAAGUAACACCGCUGUUUACCACAAUGCCAAAAAUGUAAAAUAUUCUUUCAGAUUCAGAGUUUAUUAAUAUAAGGCUCACUGCUAUUUUAAAUACUUAGUACUAAAUGAAUCCAUAAACACAUAAUGUAAUUUUAAAAAUGUUUUGCAAUUACUGAAAAAUUCUUUGAACAAGGAAUUAGAUUUAUACAAAAAUAUCGCAAACUGUAAAGUGGGUCAAAGUUUUUAAAAGUGGAGGAAAGCAAUCAGCAAGAACAUUUACUUGGUUUCCAUAGUGACGUGAACCAUGCUCUGUUUUUUUAUUUGCAGUACAUUUAUAAAUCACCUUCACUGUCUUCAUUUAUGUUGGGUGUAUAUUAAGUGGCUAUUUUUCAUUCUGUUUUAACAUGCAGUGAAAGCGUCCUGCAAAGGUUUUCAGGCAAAAAUAAAAUCUAAGUUAAUGUUUUAUUGUGGGAGAUUUAUGAAAGCAAAAGCAGUUUCUGUUCUAGGGCAAAUGCUUAAUUAGUCAUAAAAUGUAGUCAUAGAUCCCUUAACAUUUAACACUUGCACCCAAAAUUGCACCUGUCUAGCUUACUAAAAUUUCCUGCACGUGUAACAAUUGUCAAAAAUAAACAUCAAUGAAGGACUGGCAGCCUUAGGCCAGCUGCUAGCCUGGUCAACAAAAUACCUGCCAACAUAUAUAUUGUAAAUGGUGUCAUGCAAAUAUCUUUUAUCUGUGCAUGCCACAUUAUAUUCUAUGUUAUUCAGUUCCACCUGGAAAUAUGUAAUUAGUUAGAACCAUAAAUCAAAAUAUGAUGUAAUUCCAGGAAAUUAAAUAUUGCUGUAGGGUAAUUACAGGUUAUGUUGCUAUAAAACAUAAGAAAAAACCAUCCAAUACAUAACUUCCAAAGAAAAGAAAAAAACACAAACCAGCAAUUAGAAAAAUAAAGUUAUACCUUUAUUUAUAUUGUUAAAAUUCUGGGCUUAGAAACAGCAAGGCUGAAGACAUCACAAAGAUGACGCUUCCGCAUACAUUAGAACCAUAGCCAGAACACAUGCUUUUGCAAUAAGUUAUGUCAAGUGCAUGCAUUUUGGCUGCACAAUUAUACAAGCAGCAGUUGCAGGACAUAUUCGCUUUUCCCUACUCAGCCCAGAUCUGACCUACCCUUUAUUAUUAUUAUUAUUAUUAUUAUUAUUAUUAUUAUGAUAUUUAUAGAGCGCCAUCAAAUUCCGCAGCGCUUUACAAUGGGUGGAUGAACAGACAUGUAGUUGUAACCAGACAAGUUGGACACACAGGAACAGAGGGGUUGAAGGCCCUGCUCAAUGAGCUUACAUGCUAGAGGGAGCGGGGUAAAAUGACACAAAAAGGUAAGGACAGUAUUAGACUAGUGACAGUUGCAUUAUCAUUGAUGUUAUUUAAAUAUUCAUUAACCAAGUUGUUUUUGGUGUUUCCAACAUGUUGGACCAUUUCAUAUAUGAUAAAGUAUGCUCACAGUCCAAAGGAAGACCGGACACAGGUAGAUGAAUUCUGUUCUAUGCACAUUUGAAAAGGGAUGUGUGCAACCAAACAUUUUCAGUGCUCAUUGCUACAUAUUAUAUUGUGUAGCAUAAUUACAUUAUGAUGACAGUUUGUAAUGUAUGCUUUGUUUUCUUUCUUUUUUCUGUAGGGGACCUUGAAAGAUUGAUUCCUGUAGAGCGUAGGCUACAAUCCGCUUCUGAAUCUCCAAACGUUCCAGCACAUUGCCGUGCUAAUGACAUACAGUUCCAUCCAGUAGAUCCAAGAUACCAGAAUGAUUUAGUUUCUAAAAGAGGAAAUGAUGUGUACCCAUACCCAAGCCCCCUCCAUGCUGUAGCCCUUCAAAGUCCUCUUUUUGCUUUAUCUGAAGAGCCCCAAAAUAUAGACAGUUGUGCUCUGGAAGAUAACAAUACUCUGAACCCUGUGAUGUGUGGGAUAAUGGAAAGAAAUGACUUGCAUACAGAUCUCAAACCUGGAGGUUAUAUAAACAAAUUGCUGCAAUUAAACAAAUGCAAAACUAAUACCGACUCUGAAUGCAAAGAAAAGACUCAGCCAGCCGUAAAACAGCAGAGACUUGUUUUAAGAUCUAGCCCCGGUGGAGUAAAAAUUAAUAGCAGCAGUUGCCCUACCGACAAACAGUUCUACAUAUUAGAUGUUGCCAAGGAAGAAGUCAAUCCAGGAAAAGAGACAUAUUCUAGUGAAAUUGCAAAGCAACAUGUUAUGUAUGAUGUACAUGAAAAGCAACCAGACUUCCUUCCAACACAAGAGCAUAAAACUUUCAAUAAGUGUCACUUAAGCCGUCUAAGUACAAUAGAGGAUACCUCAGCAGAGUCUGUAGAACUUGGAUCAUAUUCUAGCUUAGCAUCUGAAGAAUUCAUCAAAAAUGCCUCACACUUACAAAGUAGAGUUAUACCCUCCCAAAAAAGCAAAAGGUACAGCAGCCCUAGGAAUAAAUGUCAUAGUGGUAAAGUUGUUCAGUCUGAAUUUGUCCAAGCCAAUUUUGUACCAGCUGAAACCCAUCAAAUUAAGCUAAGACUGUCUACCUCCAAAAACAAAUUAGUAAAGAAAAGAAACAGUGAAAAAAAAAUAAGACCAGGGCAAUCUGGGCUUGCCAUGGACAAUCAAAGAUUAAAAGAAACUUCCAGACCCACAAAUGAAUGGAGGCAGCAUAAUAGACCUAAUACAAGUGGUGGAAAACUCAUUAGAAGACCUACUUUCAUUGGGGAGGCUGCUGGCAGGUCUUGUUCAGAAACAAGUUUGUAUCCUGUUCAGUUUAAAAUCCCACAGAUUACGCCCAAGUCUCAAGUUUAUAGACGUUCAUCUAAUGCUUUGCAUUCCCUUGACAGUGUUAAUGCUGAAAGGGCCAUAAAUAAAAAGCAGCGUAAAUGGCAGUCGUCAGUAGAGAUUUCAAUAAAGAGUCAGCUGUCUGGAUAUCGUGGUUGCACUAGACCAGACAUAGUACAACAUAGACAGCCAAUAAAAAAGGCAGGUGUUAUGCGGACUGUAAGUUUAAGGAAUACUUCUAAGUAUCACCAACCGGUGGAAAUCUAUGCGAAAAGUGAGUCUGAAUAUUCAGCAGAGUGUGCCUCUCUCUUCCACUCCACCAUAAUUGAGACAAGUGAAGAGGAGGUCAGUGACUAUACUACUAAUCGAUUUGGGGACAGUGAAUCCAGUGAAAGUGACUCAGAAGCUUUUACAAGCACUAGCAGUAUUACUCUGGAGGAUACUGAUGAGAGUGAUUUUGUGUGGACUGAGACUACAGCUAGGCAUCCCGUAGUUACAGAGUCUAGAAACAGACAUCUUCAACCAGAGCCAAAAGUCUGUCGUAUAAAAGCAUCAAAAGCACUAAAAAAAAAAAUUAGGAGAUUCCAGCCAGCAUCCUUAAAGGUUAUAACCAUGGUUUAAAAACAAGUCAUUUUCCUGGACAGCAUGCAGUGUUUCUUUUUUUUAUAGAACAAUGAAAAUUCUGUUUCCUGGAAAGACUUUCCUUAGCUGAACUGUCAAUGACCCUUCCUCUUUUUUUAAAGGGCUCUUUGUUCACACUGUACUUAAUUUUGUUUGUUUUUUUUAUUUGUUUUUCUAUAUAUAUAUUUUAAUUGACAUUGAAAUAUUGGGUUAUGUAAUUAUAUAUUUUCAUCAGUUGUAUAUAUCUUGUUCUGCUGGUUGCUUGUGUGCAAUGGCUUAAUACAUUUUAAUGACAGUUAUUUAAUAUUGCGCUUUAUAUAUGUGUAUAUAAUCUUGACUUGUUAUUUAAUAUACUUAAAGAAAAUGAACCAUGAUGUAUGUUUUUUUUCUGUUUAUACAUGUAUAUAAUUUUGUCUAUUUAGCUAAAAGGGAGAUCCCAGGGUGAAUUGUGGAUUAUAUAGACACUGCAUGCCACAUGCUCUGUUUAACCAUUGAUUAAAGUUGUCUCUCCCCCCACACUUUGCCCUUAAUUAUAAGUUGCCAUGUGUUUACUUACCUUAUAUAACCAUUACAUAAUUUUUUAUUACAAACCCCUCUUCCUCCGGUAAAAUAAAAUAUUUUCAUAUUUACUAAAUCAACUGUUGUAAACCAAUGUCACCAUCAUCAUUAUUUUCUGUUAAAAUAAUAAUAACAAAUAAAAUAAAAACAUUCUAAAC